AUGGUGAACGAUACGGCCUUGGAAACCUUAUACAAAACCGUUGAUCAGAAUCAAGACGAUUAUGUUGAGAGGUUAAGAGAAGCUGUCGCCAUUCCAAGAUAUGAAGCUCGCGACAUAGGCUGCCACGAUAUGGAUGGUGUAAAUUUGCAACUGCCGCCCAUUAUUUUGGGUACUUAUGGCAACGAUCCUAAUAAAAAAACCAUUUUAGUCUACGGACAUUAUGAUGUUCAGCCUGCUUUACUUGAAGAUGGCUGGGACUCCAAACCUUUUGAUAUGAUCGAAACUCCCAAGGGUCAAUUAGUUGGCAGAGGUGCUAGCGAUGAUAAAGGACCUAUCAUUGGGUGGCUUAAUUGUAUUGAAGCACAUCAAAAUGCCGAUAUAGAGUUUCCUGUUAACUUGAAGAUCUGCUUCGAAGGGAUGGAAGAAAAUGGAUCAGAAGGACUUGAAGAAUUGAUUUCCAAAGAGGCUGACAAAUAUUUUAAAGAUGUGGACGCUGUAUGCAUCUCAGAUAACUACUGGUUAGGUAUGACUAAGCCUUGUUUGACGUACGGGUUACGUGGCAUUUGUGCAUAUAAAGUCACCAUAUCCGGUCCAGGAAAAGAUCUCCACUCGGGUGUCUUUGGUGGUACUGUCCAUGAGCCUAUGACUGAUCUAUUUCAUUUGUUCAGUAAACUGGUUACUCCAAGUGGUGAAAUUUUGGUUACGGGAGUUAAUGAUGACGUUGCACCACUGACUGAUGCAGAAAACCAGAUAUAUAAAUCAUUAGAAUUUUCAUUGAGCGAAUUGCACUCUGCUAUUGAAUCAAAGACAAACAUUUUCGACAAUGAAAUAGAAACAUUACAACACCGAUGGCGUUAUCCAUCACUUACGCUUCAUGGUAUUGAAGGUGCAUUUUCUAGUCCUGGAUUCAAAACUGUCUUACCUGCGAAAGUCACCGGAAAGUUCUCAAUUAGACUUGUUCCGAAUAUGGAUCCCAAUCGCAUUAAUGAACUGGUCGAAAAAUAUUUGAAAGAUGAAUUUGCGAAACUGGGUAGCAAAAACACUAUUAGUGUAGAGUGUUUACAUGGUGCCAAGCCAUGGAUUGCAAACCCUAAUCAUUGGAAUUAUGUUGCUGCCUCUAAAGCUGUUGAAAGAAUUUUCAAAUGCAAACCUGAUUUGACACGUGAAGGUGGUUCUAUUCCUGUUACUUUAACAUUUCAAGAUGCUUUGAAUAAGAAUGUUUUAUUACUUCCAAUGGGUCGUGGUGAUGACGGCGCACAUUCAAUUAAUGAAAAACUUGAUCGUUCAAAUUAUAUUCAAGGAAUUAAGUUAUUUGGUGCAUAUUUACAUGAAGUUGCUUCUUGUAAAGAUGAAUAA